AUGGCUGCUGUUGCGGAGGCUCCCCUCUUUACCGAGGCCGAGAAGGUCGCGAAGCUCCAAGCAGCGGUGGCGGGUCUCAGCCAGAUCAGGUGAGACAGCUCCCGUUCGGCGGUCGAAUCUGUUCGUUUUUAUCCUCGCGUUCUUUGGACCCUUGCCUCAGCCCUGUGAUCUCUUUGCAGCGAGAACGAGAAAUCUGGGUUCAUCAGCCUGGUUUCCCGAUAUCUGAGGUAUACCCUUUAAUAAAACACCAGCCUUUUUUUUUGUGCUCUCGAGUUAUAACCGAGAUCUCACCUCACCCUUUUCCCUGCCGCCGUUUUUCUACUGUUCAGUGGAGAGGCACAGCAGAUUGAAUGGAGUAAGAUCCAGACUCCGACUGAAGAAGUCGUCGUGCCUUACGAGAGUUUGGCGCCUCCUCCAGAAGGUUUGUUCAUACCUUCCGGCCGACUCACGUAUCAGUCCUACUCAGAGGAAGAUCCUUUUGUUGUUCUGUUUACUCAUGCCAUAUCUUUUAUUUUAACGACUUGGUUAUCUCCAUUCAGAGCUUGGGUCAACUAGGAAACUUCUUGACAAGCUCGCUGUCUUAAAGCUCAAUGGCGGCCUCGGAACAACGAUGGGCUGCACUGGUCCUAAGUAAGACAAAUUUUUUGCCACUUUUUCUGCAUCACUGAUUUCUUUUUUUCAUUGACCACGCGGUUGACUAAAACAAAUUUUCAUGGGACCAUCAACACGGCUCUCCAUUCCUUAUUAUUUUAUCAACUAAUUCUAGCCGAGAGUUUGAUAAUCAAAAUUUUCACAUUAAAUAUUAAAAUCUCAAGAACCAAGUGUGUAUAGCGUACAAUACUUCAUCAUUAUGUGAAGAUAUUGAUAUCAUAGGAAUCGAUGGUCUUAGAGGUCGUUUAAUGCUUAAUUUGAGAGGAACGAACGGCAGACUUGUUACACUUUAUCCACAGAAAUAAGGACUCGAUGUUUCACAGUGGGCACGGAGCUGAUUGGAUACAUCUUUGAAGACCAAGUCCACUCGUUCUCAUAAAUAUCAAGAAAUCUGAUAAUCUAGACGCGAUUACAAAUGGAGAGUUAAAUAACAAAAGUUCUCUUUUAUCUUUACUGCAGAUCUGUCAUUGAAGUUCGAAAUGGGUUGACAUUUCUCGAUUUGAUCGUUAUUCAAAUUGAGGUAACUUACUUGUGUUCUUCUCAUUUUUGAUAUAUGCAUCUGUAAAUUACACAUUUUACAUUCUUGUUUACAGUCUCUGAACACCAAGUACGGGUGCAAUGUUCCUCUUCUUUUGAUGAACUCAUUCAACACGCAUGAGGAUACACAGAAGGUAUUCGCUUCUCAUAUUUUAUGUCUUCUAAAUCGUAAAAUAUGUUUGGGAUUUUCACAUGCCUAACCAUCUAAAUAAUCUUUUAUACAGAUCGUGGAGAAAUAUUCCAACUCAAAUAUUGAGAUACAUACCUUUAAUCAGGUAAAUCAUUUCUGAUAGAAAUAUUUCUUUCCUCUUUUUUUCCUACUUAAUUCUGACCGUGAUGGUGUGAAACUCUAUACUUCAGAGUCAAUACCCUCGUUUGGUUGUUGAAGAUUUUACACCACUCCCAAGCAAGGGACAGACUGGGAAAGAUGGCUGGUGAGUGUACUCUUGUAUAUAUUUUUUAUUUAUGGAUUGUCAUUGCUUUGUUGCAUUGACUUUGAACCAACUUCGAGUCUGUCUGAUCCUCUGAACCAUUUUACAGACAGGUCUACAUGUUAGCAUGAGUACAGUGAGAUGUCCUUGACUUAUCUUUUUUCCUGCAAAAUAUUUUCAACGGUCAAUUUUUUUUUAUAUUGAGGCCAGAAGGGCAGGAUUGGCUGCAAUUCGGCCGUCUCCCUGCUGAAUUUUCAUAUAUUAUUUAAUUAUCUAUAUGUACAUAUCUACAUCAGCUUAUAUAUCUUGUCAAUUUCACACGCUUUAUUACUAGUCCCAAUGUUUCUUAUAUACAUUCUAGCAUUCGGUUGAUAUUUUUCAUCCAAAAAAGGUCCCUGUUCAAGCAUUUGUGAACGCUUCACUAUCAUUCUCCUAGUUACUAUGCUCUAGAAACCUCCGUGAUCAGAAUCAUUCUAAUUAUCAUUUUUCUGACUAAAGUCUUAUGCAUUCCUCAAGGUAUCCCCCAGGUCACGGUGACGUGUUCCCUUCCUUGUUGAACAGUGGGAAACUAGAUGCCCUAAUAUCACAGGUUUGCUUUGAUAUUUAAUUUUUCCCAUGACAUACGGCCGCUCAACAUUAUGAAGAAAAUAUUAUUUUCUUUCUCAUGUGUCGGCCCUUCGUUUUGCAGGGUAAAGAGUAUAUCUUUGUGGCCAACUCUGAUAACUUAGGUGCCAUAGUGGAUUUGAGUAUCCUGCCAUCAUUUCCAAGCUUAAUUCUUUGUUACCGUGUAGUUCAUAAGUUGAAUCCGAUGGCUAUGAAAAUGCCAUCAAGACACGCUCUAUCCUUGACUGAUCUGAAGAAAUACUGAAUCACCUGGUUCACAACCAGAAUGAGUACUGCAUGGAGGUAGUAUUGAUGCUCUCAGAGGCUUGACGCUCAGAUGCAUCCAUGUCUUUUCUCUGACAGUACCUUCUCUCAGGUGACCCCCAAAACCUUGGCUGAUGUCAAAGGCGGCACCCUAAUAUCGUACGAAGGAAGGGUUCAGGUAUGCAAUAAUUUAUUGCCGUUGACUUACACACCUUGUCUCCAUAACUUCCUCCCUGUUGUGAAACCAGUGUCUCUGAGCCACCUUUGGACCUUUGACAAUUUGAUAUCUAUUGAUUAAUUGGUAAUUAAUGCCUGAUCAGCGGAAAUUAAUUAAUGAUCUCUCAUCACAGAAGAAGAAAAUAUGUUCUUCUAAAAAAACCUCUAAAAAUACCUGCAUAUAUGCUAUUUAUUCUUGCAUGAACUAUUUUCUGGGUGAUCAAAGUAGUUGCGAUAUUUGAUGCGCUUACCAGUCGAUCAGGGGAAGAAGAACAACUCUUAUUUCCAUUAUCUGCUGCUAUUUUGGAUCUGCUACUAAUGAUCUCUCUCAUUCUAAUGCAGCUCCUGGAAAUCGCACAGGUUCCCAAUGAACAUGUGAGUGUAGCUGCUGCCUGUUCAUCUCCUUUUAAAUAACACGGUGUGAGGGUAAUCAAAGAAAGAUUAAAAUUUCAUGAAAAAAUGUGUAAUUUUCCAUCCAGGUCAACGAGUUCAAGUCAAUCGAAAAAUUCAAGAUCUUCAACACCAACAACUUGUGAGCAGGCUUAUUCUGUGAAUUAAACUCGUUGCUUGCUUCGUGCUUUCAUUUCAUCGUUGUUCAAGCCCCGUUGACCUUACCUUUUCCAGGUGGGUCAAUUUAAGAGCCAUCAAACGUCUCGUUGAGGCCGACGCUCUGAAAAUGGAGAUCAUUCCCAACCCCAAGGUUCAUCUCCUUCGUAUCAUUCUCUACCCCAAGGGGUAUCAUUAAUCGUUACUCUACUAAAAAUGUACCCAUUUUCUGUCUAACUUUCUAGGAAGUCGACGGUGUUAAAGUUCUUCAGCUGGAGACAGCAGCAGGCGCUGCAAUCCGGGUACCCAUGAAAGAUUCUUAUCCUCUCUCUCUCUCUCUCUCUCUCUCUCUCUCUCUCUCUCUCUCUCUCUUGGUGAUUUCCUUUCAUACCGUAUUGUUCAUCCACUGUUGUCGCUUCUCUCAGUUCUUUGAUAAUGCGAUCGGGAUCAAUGUUCCUCGAUCCCGCUUCCUCCCUGUGAAGGCAACAUCGGACCUGCUUCUUGUCCAGGUCUGUAAAAGAAGCCUCUUUUUGGUAUCUUAUCCAUGAGAUUUUUUUAAGGGCCGUGUUUUUUAUUUUUAAACUUAUUCACCCUCCCUUGUCCGUUGACUUGCAGUCCGACCUUUACACCCUGGUCAACGGUUUCGUCAUCCGGAACAAAGCUAGAACCAGCCCGGCGAACCCCUCCGUUGACCUGGGCCCUGAAUUCAAGAAGGUAUACACCUUACGUUCCCUCCCCUUGGCUUUCCUUUCUUGGAAUUUCUGUUCAUUGCACCUAACGCUCUCUCUCUCUCUCUCUCUCGCUAUCUAGGUGGGCGACUUCCUCAGCCGCUUCAAGUCCAUCCCCAGCAUCAUCGAACUCGAUAGUCUGAAGGUUUCUGGCGACGUAUGGUUCGGUGCCGACAUAAUUCUCAAGGUAUGCCUUCUUAUGUUAUCAUGUGGGCAGCUGCGGCAGGUCAACUUUCCAAAUCCGGAAACCUUCGAUGUCAACGGGCUGAACUUCUCCCCCCACCCCUCCUCUGCGUUGACCCUUCAGGGCAAAGUGAUAAUCCGUGCGAAGCCGGGACAGAAGCUCGAAGUACCGGACGGAGUCUCCCUCGAGAACAAGGUGAGCGUUUUAGGCCCUCCCUAUCCGUCGGUGGAUCUCUCUUCAUCGGAAUUCAAAUUUGUCCUAAUGAGUGACCCUCCUGUCGGUGGCCUCUCCUACUCUGCAGGAAGUCAACGCCCACGAUGACAUCUGA